AAUCAGAUGUCUCUCCCUGCCUCCCUCCCUUUCUUCUCUCUCUCUCUCUCUUUUUUUUUUAAAAAAAGGAAAUACUUUAUUAUUAAAAUUAGCCUGUUUCCAGAUUACACAGCCAUGGAUGAUCAUCUGAUAAAAUUGUCUUUUUGAUUUUACUGUUUGGUUCUCUUCAGCUUUGGACAUAAUCUUUCAUGUCAUUUUCUCAUUACUGCUGGCAUUAAACCUUAACUGUUUAGCACAUAUUAUGCUUGUGUAGCAUUUUGCACAAUGUACUUUUGGUUUAAAUGUAGCAUUACAGAAAUGUGGUUGCCACGUUUAUUUUUUAAUGCUAAUGUAAGGAAGAGGCGGGUAAAGGUACAACUGAGUAUUUUUAAUAGAAGUUAUGGUAAGUGAUGUUAAAAUGUAUCUUUGUCUCUACAUCUAAAUCAUGAACUUUGUUUUUUUUUUUGUUUUGUAUCUCAAUGUUUUUGUGUGCUUUAUAGCGAAGCAGCCGGCGCAGGUCGCUUGUUCAUAAUGAAAUUUGAGAGCACAUCCCACGGGACAACUGGCUGUGCUUGCUAACGUUUGGUUCAUGACUUAAAAAACAAGUACAGGAGUCAUUCCUGAUGAAUCUAAAGCGAUGUCGCUUCUGGCUCCAGCCAACGCUGUAGCAGGAAUGAUGCCAGGAGGAGGUCUUCUUCCAACACCCAACCCUCUGGCCUCGAUAGGAGCAACCCCGUUCGGAGGUCUUGGGGCUCCCAGCAUGGACCAAAUAGCUGCUAUGGGAAUUGCAGGGCCCAACAUGAGUCCCCAAGCUUUUUCUGCGGACUUCCUCAAGCUUAUGCAGUCUAUUGACCCAAAGCUGAACCCACUGGCAGCCGGAUUAAACCUGGCCCCAGGCCUGAAGCCAGAUUCCUCCAACAAGGAGAUUGAAGAGGCGAUGAAGAGAGUCCGAGAGGCCCAGUCUCUGAUUUCUGCUGCCAUCGAACCUGGAAGUAAGAAAGAUGACAAGCGCAAACAUUCCCGAUCUCCUUCAAGGUCGCGCCGCAAACGGUCGAGGUCUCGGUCAAAACACAAACGUUCAAACAGCAGAUCUAGGCGAAGUUCCCAUUCAAGGAGCCGGAGGCGAUCCAAGAGUCCAAGGAGGAGGAGGACUCGCUCUCGGGACAGAAGCCGUCGCAGCAGAUCCAGGGACAGGAGAAAAGAAGAAAAGUCCAAGAAAAAAUCCAAGACGCCUCCUAAAAGCUACAGCAGUGCCAGGAGGUCUCGCAGCAUCAGUCGGAGGCGCAGGCGAAGUCGCACUGCUUCCCGGUCCCCAAGGAAACGGCCUUCCACGUCUCCGUCCGUCGGCCGCCACAAGAAGGAAAAGAAGAAGGACAAGGACCGCGAGAAGAACCGCGAUAGGGACAGGAGGGAAGAGCGGAACCACACCAGAGACGAACGAGAACGCUCCACCAGCAAGAAAAAGAAGAACAAAGACAAGGAACGAGAGCGGGACCGCAAAUCCGACAGCGAGAAAGGAGACGUAAAAGUUACACGGGACUACGAUGAAGAGGAGCAAGGCUACGACAGCGACAAAGCAGGGGAGGAGGAAGAUGACAGGAGGAGCGAAUCGGAUUCUGUGUCAUCUCCCAAAGAUCAGGAGGACAUGGAGCGAGACGAGCGUCAAACAUCCAAAAGGUCCAAACUAAACGGAGACGAUCGCCAUCAGGAGGACAUGGAGAUGAGCGACUAAGAACUUUCUGUGCCACCAUCUACUGAAUUCUUUUCCUAUUCCUAAUCUGGGCCUCAUUAUGUCUGUGCCUGAUAACUGUUAGCAGGUUUUUAUCUUAACAGCAAAAUCCUUGUGGACAGAGGGCCUAGAUCUGGUCAUUUUUGUAAAGAUAAUAAGAUCGGGACUAAAAUACAAAUGACAUGAAAUAUGGUUUUUAAACUAUGAUUUAUGCCAUUUGUUUAGCGAUCAUGUUUUUAAUGCUGUAUAGUUUUCCUGAAAGCUGAACAUUUUCAGUAGGAUUGUUUUUCCCCACCUCUCUUGUCUUGACUUAAAAAUAUUUUCCUUGUUGUCAUUUAUCAACCAGCACCAUGUUUCUUUAAAUUGUGGCAAAGUUAAGAUGAACUUUAAUGCACUGUCAUGAAGCUGUUAACCAGAAAUAUAGUUGUGUGUAAACUGGCUCCAAUACAAUAACAAUUUCAAAACAAAGUGGCUUCAACUCUACUUAAGGCAGAGCAGUAAUAAUUGAUUUAAUUAAUAAUACAUAAACAUUUAUGCAGUUAAAAUGAAUCUAUCAUGUUAUUUCUGGAAGUGUACUUUUAAAUUACUGUAGCUAACUAACAAUUUAGCUUUUGCUGCAGCAUAAUGUCCACCGUUUUUACUUUUUAGUAUGUUGGGAUUUUUGCUGUACAGUUGAUAUAGAUUCUCACAGAAGACAUUUGGGAUUAAAGCAGCUGAAGUCAGGAUGAAAUGUCUGUUAAAUGUACAUGUUGAAUCAGGUCAAGAGGCACAAACACACUAGCAAAACUUUACUGUACAAAGGAAUGUCAUGGAACAAUGAAAACUGGGUUUUAAAUAAAAGCACUGUCUAAAUAA